GACUAAUAAAUACAGGUGUGUUUUCUUUAGUGAACUUUGAACUAGAUGAAUUAUACUUCGAAAAUGUUGCAAUCGGUGUUGUCCUUUUUUAGAUUCAAAAAUGAUGAAACAGAUGGUUACAAAUCUGUUUGUGGAAUCUGUCAUCUCCGCAAUCUUUCCAAACCAUCAGUGACCUGGUGUUCAGAAUGUUAUGAACAUCUUUGUAAAACUUGUGUGGAUAACCACACAUUUUCUAGAGCAACGAAACACCACAAAACAAUUACAAAUUUGGAAUACAACAAGUUAUCUUCCUUUAUAAAAAAUAUUAAACCAUUUUGUGAAGAACAUGAAGACAAAUACCAAAUGUACUGUCAAAGUCAUGAAAGUCCUUGUUGCAGGAGAUGUUUACUAAAAGAUCAUCAUAACUGUAAGGACAUUCAUCCAUUGGAAAAUAUAGUGCAAAAUGUCAAAUCAUCCAGUGCUUUCGAAAACCUGGAAAAAAGUUUGGAAGAAAUGAUGAAAAAUAUCACACAAAUCCAGGAGAACAGACUAAGCUACUUGUUUUCUGUACAGAAGUCAAAAGUAGAUAUUGAAAACGAAAUUCAGCUAAUUAGACUCCAAAUAAACAAACAUCUAGAUCAAGUGCAGAACAAGCUUAUAAUGCAGCUAAAUACAGAGGAAAACAAGGUUGUGAAAGAGAUAGAAACUUUCACCAAGUCACUGAAGGAAAAAGAAAAAGAAAUUGAUGAACUUUUGACAAAUGUUCAGCAUUUAAAAACAUGUGCAUCAGACCUUCAAGCUUUCUUAAGCAUGAAAAAAAUAGAAAAGACAUUUUUUCCUUGUGAACAGUAUAUCCAGAGUUUGUUCAAAGAUAGAAUUCUUGACCAAACUACCAUAUCGUGCAGUAUCAACAACAAAAUUAAAAAAAUACACACAAGAAUACAAAGUUUUGGGAAAAUCAAUAUAAGUAAAAAGGAAUGUGAUAUUGCCCUAGUGAAUGAAAGAGAAAGACAAGCACAACUUAUGGUUGAUGUGUCUAUUGACAACUGUACUCUAAAGUUGAUACAGAAAAUGAAUAAUUUUGGUAGCCAGGUGACGGGAUGUGCAAUAUUACCCAGUGGAAAGAAGCUGUUUUGUAAUUUUUCACCAGCUCGCCUUAUAUUGGUAAACAUGGAUAAAUUAAUUGAAAAGACUAUUUCUCUGGAAACAAUGAGUGCCUUUGAUGUGACACCCCUUGAUCGAGAUACAGUAGCUGUGACCUCACCAGUAGAUUCUUGUAUUACAAUAGUUGACCUUUGCAGACAGGAUGCCAUAAGAACUUUCAAAACACAUGACAGCUGCUUUGGAAUAACAUUACAUGAUGGGCAUUUAGUAUUCUGUGCCUCAAAUAAAGGAUUGCAAAAGUUAGAUUUACAAAAUGACAAUAAAAUUACAAAUGUUGUGACAUUUAAAUGUUCUGAUGAAUCAUAUGUAACAUCAUGGCAUGACCAAUUGUACUUAGCAGAUGCCAAAAUGAAAGCUGUAGUUUGUUUCAAUACCGAAGGAGAAGUUAAGUGGAAAUUUGAAUUGGAAGAAACAAUUCUAGGAGGAAUAUCUGUCGAUUGUCAUGGCAUUGUUAUGGUUGCUAGUCGGAACACUGCUAAUAUUAUCUUGAUCUCUCCUAGCGAAGCUCGAUAUAAACACGUUCUAGGCUGGGAUGACAUACAAGACAGCCCUCUAGCUAUUGAUUAUGAUAAACACACAAAAAGUUUGCUCAUUUCUUGCAUAAGUGGAUCAGCCUUUUUGUUUAUUGUAGAAAAGAAUAAAUGUUCAUAGCCAAGUCUUUACAAUGUUCUUGCUUUUUAUGCCACACCUAGGGACAUUAUGUUUUUCAGUCUGCAUCCAUUCAUUAGUCUGUCUGUCCCACUUAAGGUUAUAGUUUUUAAUGAGGUGGAAAUCUAAGAACACAUGUUCCAUAAAAUAUAUGUCAAUGAUAUGAUCUUACUAUCACAUGACUAUUAAGUUUUAAUGCAAAAUUAAUAGUUUUGACCCAAAUUUCAUUGUCCUCUGAACAUUGAAAAUUGUACGAGUUGGGCAUCUAUGUAAUAUGGACAGAAGAUAGCAUAAUCCAGUUUACUGCAACAUGUAUUGUGAGGUUUUUUUGUAUAGUUUUAAUGCUCCAACAUGUCUUUCUUUAAUCUCCUUCACUAGAACUUCUAGAAGUCUAGGUCAGGGGUGGAGUCAGGAUAAUCUAGGUCAGGGUGGAGUCAGGAUAGUCUAGGUCAGGGGUGGAGUCAGGAUAGUCUAGGUCAGGGCUGGAUUCAGGACAGUCUAGGUCAGGGGUGGAGUCAGGAUAGUCUAGUUCAGGGGUGGAGUCAGGAUAGUCUAGGUCAGGGGUGGAUUCAUGAUUUUUUGAAAGGGGGUGCUCUACAGCCUUUGCAAGUCUUCUGUGUUUUUUUAAUUUUGGUUCAUUUAUGUCAUCUUUGUUAACAAUAAAUUCAUCAGCAAAAAGAAUGAUCAACAGACAACAGGGUCCAAAGAGUCCUCUUUACUCUUCUACAAUCUUAUUAGCUAAGUAGCCUGUA